GCUUUAGCUGCCGGUGCCAGCUAGCCGCAGCCGGGUGACUUGGGUGCCGCAACUGCGCAUGCUUCCCGCGGACGCGGGGCGGGGCGGAACACUGGAGGGGGCGGUCCAGGACCCUGACUCGUCUCGCGGUUACUGGGCCGGCGCGAGCGCGCGAGGCUCGGGGGCGGAACGGGGUGGGGUUUAGCCUGGGGUGGACGCUGCGGGUCUUACCUGGGCGUCGCUGUGCUCGCGGUGCUGAGGUUGUCUUGGGUGAGGAGGUCGCGCCGGAAGUGGCUCUGGCGGUGGCCCUUCGGCGUAGUAAGGAGCUUGCGACAUAGUUUAGUUGUUUAGGGGGCGCGGCGCCACACUGCUCCCUCCACUUUCCUUGGUGCAGCCAUGGCGAAAGGCAGAGUCGCCGAACGAUCGCAGACAGGCGCUCACCACACAAUCCCCGGGGGGGACGGGGCAGCGGGGACGCGGGCUCCUGCGGCGCCUGUCAGCAGAGACCACCAGAAGGAAAAAUCCUGGGUAGAAGCUGGAUCAGCAAGAAUGUCACUCCUUAUAUUGGUGUCCAUUUUCUUAUCUGCAGCUUUUGUUAUGUUUUUGGUAUAUAAAAAUUUUCCUCAGCUUAGCGAAGAAGAAAGAGUGAAUAUGAAGGUUCCCAGAGAUAUGGAUGAUGCCAAGGCUCUAGGAAAAGUUUUAUCCAAAUAUAAGGACACCUUUUAUGUUCAAGUACUUGUAGCUUAUUUUGCUACAUAUAUUUUCUUGCAAACAUUUGCUAUUCCAGGCUCCAUAUUUCUCAGUAUACUCUCAGGGUUUCUUUAUCCCUUUCCACUAGCCUUAUUUCUUGUUUGUUUGUGUUCUGGACUUGGUGCCUCUUUUUGUUACAUGCUUUCCUAUUUAGUCGGGAGACCAGUUGUAUAUAAAUACCUAACAGAAAAAGCAGUAAAAUGGUCACAGCAGGUUGAACGUCAUAGAGAACAUCUCAUUAACUACAUUAUAUUUUUGAGAAUAACACCAUUUCUGCCUAAUUGGUUUAUUAAUAUCACAUCUCCUGUGAUAAACGUGCCAUUGAAAGUUUUUUUUAUUGGUACUUUUCUAGGUGUCGCACCGCCUUCUUUUGUAGCCAUUAAGGCAGGAACAACACUGUACCAACUUACAACAGCAGGGGAAGCUGUUUCCUGGAACUCAAUAUUUAUUCUGAUGAUCUUGGCUGUUCUUUCUAUUCUGCCAGCCAUCUUCCAAAAAAAACUAAAGCAGAAAUUUGAGUGAAAAAAAUCAUCUGAUUUUUAGUUUUGCUGUCAUCACCAUCUCAGGAUUAACAGGUGCAUCCAUUUAUGUUUUUAAAUCACCUCUUCAGUAAUUAAAACAAGGAGUUUGUAAAAUAAAAUUUCCUAGCAGAGUUAAAAUAAAACAUUUAAGUGACAAGGGGAGAAGAAAGUAAAAAUGGAAAUUGGUAUACUAUGAAAAGUGCUAUCGAUAGUUAACAUAGACAUCUUAGACAUCUUCUAAAAUACUAUACCAAUGGUAGCUAUAGAUAAUAGUAGUGUGGUAGGAAAUUGUUGAUCCAGCUAAUUCAUCCAAUUUAAUAUUUUUCUCUUACUGUUAAUAACUGAAAUAGCUAUUUUUUAAUUCUAGAUCU